GAACAAGCGCAAAAAUACAAAGCAAAAGAUUCAAAGAACAAAUCUUCGAGACCAUACGAGACUGGAACUAUCAAAGCUAAAAAAAAUAUUAAAGAAGAGCAACAACGUAUUCAAGAACAGCAAUGUGAAAUUGAAUAUCAACGAAACUAG